UCCAGUUGUCACUUGUGGAUUUGGAAUGUUUUGGCUCUUCCACUGUUUCGACUUUCCCUGGUUUAUUAUUCCGUCAUCCUGUCCACCUGUCGUUUUUUUCAUACAUUGCUGAUAAUCUACGCUCAGAAUGGUGAAGCUAACCGCCGAUGUAAUCCAGAGAGCGCCGCAGUGCUUCAAUCCCUGCCAGGAACGCAUGCUAGACUUGCGAGGAGCCAAAGUUACCGUUAUCGAGAACCUGGGCGCCACUCUGGAUCAGUUUGACUGUAUCGACUUCUCCGACAAUGAUAUCCGCAAAAUCGACGGGUUCCCGCUGCUUUAUCGUCUCAAGACGCUCCUCUGCAACAACAACCGCAUAUGUCGCAUUGGUGAAAAUUUGCAAGAAUCUUUGCCGUCGCUAGAGUCGCUCAUACUGACUAAUAACAUGAUGCAGGAGUUGGGCGAUCUAGAUGCGCUGGCGCCGCUGAAGAAGCUGCAGUAUUUGAGUCUCACACGCAAUCCCGUCUCCAAUCAUCCGCAGUACCGACUGUACGUUAUUCACCGGAUACCCUCGCUGCGCGUCCUGGAUUUCCGCAAGAUCAAACAACAGGAGCGCGACGAAGCCGCCGCGAUGUUUAAGGGAAAAAAAGGCCGCCAGCUGGAGAAGGAACUGGGCCAGAAGACCAAAACCGUCGUGGCUGGUGUGGCCACCGCUGAACCCAGCGUCCUGGCGGCGGCGACAGCCGGACGAUCCGCGGCGGAAGUGGAAGCUAUCAAGAACGCCAUAGCCAACGCCCGCUCUCUGGAGGAAGUGGAACGUUUACACGAGAUGCUGGCCGCCGGCGAAAUCCCCGGCAGUCAGCCGGCCACCAACGGCGAGGCCGUCGCUGCGGGUGGGAAUAUUGUCGAGGAAGAAGACGACAUGGAGAUCGAAUGAAUUCCGUUCCGUAUUGGCUGAGAUUUCCCUGUGGGUUCCGUCGACAUUUCCACUGGCAUCGGAUAUUUUAUUUAUUUGUUGACAUCUUUUAUCCGCUUACUGAUUGGUCGGAUUUUGCGUUUCCUAAUUUCUUAAUAACGAUUUUACCGAAUUUUAUAUCGCAUUAAACACUGAUUUAUCGUUUGAA